UGCCUUUCAGUUCCGCGAUAACUUUUGUUUGGAGCACAACUGCGCCAAAAGCUACAGAUGUACAGGGCCGGAAAGAAAAAUUAAGGUAAAAAGACCAAGCACUCAAGAACCAUGGGUUGGUGGAACAAAAAAAAAGAGACGGAUCGUAACCAGCCCAGCCAAACACUGGUGCUGCAAGACCCACGGACCCGCGUAAGAACCACAAGUGCUAACACCAAGACGACCAACACGGCAGUGCAGAACUCUACCAUCAUGGACAGCAACAAACAGACUGUCACCUUCCUGUCCACCCGCCAAACGGUGACUCACACGCAGCGGGCGCUUGUCACGGAGACAACUACGCGGUGCACGCCCAGUCAGGCAGAGUUGGAAGCGCUCUUUUCCCAAAUAAGAUUAGGCGGCGAGGGAUCCCGACCGCCCAGUCUGAACGGAGUGUCCCUUCGCUCCACUCAGCAAUUCAAGGCCUCGGCCGGCAAGCGCUCCAGCACGUUGAUAAAGACCGAGCAAACGACUGUCACUAAGAAGAACGGACACACUUUCAAACAACACCUGGAGACGAACUAUGUGGACCUCAAGGUCAAGGGCAGUCAGACCCAUAGGCCGCCGUUCACCCCCACGGCCAGCGGCGCGACCUCGCCAUACGCCCAGAAGCCGAGCCUAGCCAUAACAUACACAUCUCCACAUGUUAAAACUCCAGCAAUCAGUAGCAAGAUUGCCAGCUCCAUUACGAGCGUGUCCAGUACUCCCAAGCCAACGUCAUCUAACUCCUCUUUUACAAGUUUCUUCAAGUCCGAUCCGAAACCUAAUAAACCGCUGACAUUCACUGCAACGCCAAAACCCUACAUUAGCACGGAACCAUCAGCGACCAGUGCCAAGCCGAAGAUUUCUGCCCAAGCAUGCAGCCUCGACGCCCAAGGAACCAAGCCAAUCAGCUUGACUUCCUCUAAGUUGAGCCUAAAAAAGAGCAAACUGAAACCCGCUAGGGUGUAUAUAUUUAAUCACGAGCGCUUUGAUAACAAGAACGAAUUCCGUACCGGCAGUGCACAGGAUGUUAAGGUCUUGCGAUCUACCUUCGAGCAGUUCAAUUGCAAGGUGAAGAUCAUUAAGGACGCCACUCUGGCCACCAUUAGGCUCGCCGUCCGAAUGCAAAUUUUUUCAGUGGAAACCAAGGAUUUCGAGGACACGAGCGCUCUGGUCUUGGUGGUGUUAAGCCAUGGAACGCGCCACGAUAGACUUGCUGCAAAAGAUGAUGACUAUUCCCUGGAUUACGACGUCAUCUUUCCCAUCCUGCGCAACCGGACGCUUAAGGAUAAGCCAAAGCUACUUUUCGUCCAAGCGUGUAAGGGCAACAACGAGAUGGGUGGCUUUAUGACGGAUGCCGUUCAGCCCAAUGGGUCUCCAAACGAGAUUCUAAAGUGCUAUAGUACCUACGAGGGAUACGUCUCAUAUCGCACGGAGGACGGCACUCCAUUUAUUCAAACUUUGUGUGAGGCUCUCAAUCGGACGGGCAAAAUUUCAGAUAUCGACACAAUAAUGACGGAUGUGAGGCGUGUGGUUAAAAUGCAAACCAGAGACGGCCAAAUCCCAUCUGUUACCAGCACACUCACCUCUAAGUACGUUUUUGGAGAUUACAUCUGAUAACAGUAUUCAGAACAGAAGAAAUGUUUGUCUGUUGAAUAAACCAACUUUAACAGUAUACUAUAUAUAUAUAUAAUGAAAAACAAACAAGGAAAAACGGUAUAGUAAAUCGAUCGACUCUUAGACCGCCAUUACUCAGCUAAAUUGAUUGAGAGAGGGAUGAAGAUAUGCUUGCAGCAAAUAAGCACUCACACCUUGUCUUACGAGUAACGGGUAUAAUCACCAGAUUCAGAUUAGAUUGUAUGCAUAUUAAGUAAUUUACCAGACAGUUUUCUUUUUAUUAUUAUGGUAAUUCAUACCAGGGCUUACCCUGGUAUCUCUUUCGUAUUUUUUGCAUAAACAUGGAUAUUGAUAACUAAAAUAAAAGUGCGUUUCUUCAAAACCUUCAAGAAUGAUGGUUUUAUGCAAGUAUUAAAGUAAUCGUGUGGGCGUAAAAGUGGGCGUGUCAUCCUGCUGUCUCAGAACCUUAAGAAUACCUUCCUUCUACCAUAAUACAUACAUAAUUUCCGACGAAUUCAGUAAGCCCAUUUUUCUCUACCCUUGCAGGUCGUUCCCAUUAAAGCUU